UGCAACUUCAGCCGGGCAUCCGCACCUUCCAGAAACGUACGUGUCAACCCUCCUGGCCGGGCCUGCGUCCCCGGCCACCCUCACCCCCACGUACCCACGCCCCCUGACAGGCCAGACCGGCCCGGCCCUUGCCCCACCCGUCAGCGUGCCACCACCGUCGCCGUACCCCACCUCCCUCCCGUGCACGCAAGGCACCCGGGGGCGCCGAAAGCGACGGGGGGCGCGACCGCGUGAGCUUUAAACCCGCCCGGCCUCCUCGCCGCACUCCCCACCGCCGCUCGCCGAGCUCGCCCGCGCCGGAGCCGGACUGAAACCUCGGGGGAGUGACUGCGCGGAUCGGGAGGCUCUAGGGUUUGGGUGUGGGGUUGGAGGCGCGGAGCGGAAGGGGAUAGCGGUUGGUGGCUUGGCGCGGAGGGGAGGGGCUGGGGUUGGGGAUUUGGAUGGUCGCGGCGGCGCGGCGCUGGAGUAGUAGUACUGGUGCCGCUCCUCCUCCUCCUCCUACCACCCAUGGGAAGGUCGUUCAGGGACUCGCUCAAGCUGCUCGAGGCCGACAUCCAGCACGCCAACUCCAUUGCUUCUGAAUUCCAAAGGGAAUAUGAUGGUGCCUGUCUUCAGAUGAGGAUGUCAUACUGUCCGGCUGCACACCUUUUCCUUUUUCUUGUCCAGUGGACUGACUGCAACCUUGCUGGUGCUCUUGGGCUGUUGAGAAUUCUCAUUUACAAGGUUUAUGCUGAUGGAACGACCACCAUGUCCACUCAUGAAAGGAAAGCGAGCAUUAGGGAAUUCUAUGCUGUAAUUUACCCUUCUUUGGCGCAAUUACAUGAAGGAAUUAAUGAGGUGGAGGACAGGAAACAAAAAGCAAUUUGUAUAGAGAGGUAUAGAAGACGAGAGGAGGAUCACAAAAGGGUGAUCUCAGAGAUUGAUGAUAAUAUAGAGGAAGAGUGUGGCAUAUGUAUGGAAAUAAACAACAAAGUUGUCCUUCCAACUUGUAGCCAUGCUAUGUGCAUUAAAUGCUACCGUGACUGGAGAUCAAGAUCCCAGUCCUGUCCAUUCUGCCGCGACAGUCUCAAGAGGGUCAACUCUGCCGACCUCUGGAUAUACACAGAUAACAGAGACAUAGUCGACAUGGCGACAGUCAGAAGAGAGAACCUGAGGCGUCUCUUCAUGUACAUAGAUAAGUUGCCCACGGUGAUCCCCGAAUCUGUUUUCGAGGUAUACGAUUCCCACGUAAAGUGACCCUGUGCUUGGCUCGGCGUCGCCCCAAUUGUUCAUCAGUUGGGUACUGCUAGUGCUGUAGACAUUACCAAUUGUUUGUCAGUGGGGUGCUGCUAGUGCUGUAGACAUUGCCGGUUGUUCAUCAGUGGGGUGCUGCUAGUGCUGUAGACAUUUCUGGAGCCCCGGGCGCCGGCUGCCGCGAGCUUAUGAACGCUCCGAGCAGCUCGCCGGGGAGGCUCUGUAUGUAUGUGAGGUACUCCUAUAUAUGUAAAUUAUUGUCGGUUGUAUCCACACGGCCUGUGUGAUGAUGUGUUAGGAGUCUGACGCCUUGGGCAUGUAAGUAAUGGAUCAUUUUUUUUGCGGGCAUGUAAGUAAUGAAUCAUUGACUCUUAAGCAUUUCGUCUGUGCC